AGGGACUCAUUGACCAUCCAACGACCUGCAGUCUUGCCCGCAAGCCCAUCCCCGGCUCCGGUGCCUUGCCGCCGGGAUCGUUUUCCAGAUUUCUGCUUCUGAGAACUGAAGGGAAAGGCAGUAGUAGUACAGUGAGAAGUGAAGGGAAGGGCAGCAGAGAGCACAGGCGGCUCGGGGACAGGCUUUCUUUCCCCUUCCCGCCUCUUCUCUUCCCUUCUCUCCUCGCCUCUCCUCUUGUGCUGCUUGCCCUUGAUGCGGGGCCGCGUCGCUUCGCCGUACGUGGCCGGCGCCGGCGCCUUCCUCGGCGACGACGUCGACCCUGAGGCCAUCACCGACGACGACGACGGCGACGGCGACGGCUGCCAGGAGGGCAGCCUCGUCGCCGGCGACCACGGCGACUCCAGCUCCGUGGAUUGCAUGCAUGGAUCAUAUGGUAGCUCUUUAAGCCUCCAUGGUGUCAGAGUUGAUGAUGAACAAUCAGCUCUUGAUAACAGCAGCAGACCCUCUAGUCCUUUUGAGAUCCUAACAGCUCAAGAUGUUCUGCCUAUUGAAAUGACAAGGUCUAGGUUCUUGAACAUCGUUGUUGACUAUUUUAUUGGUGAGCAUGUUAUUGAAACGGUGGAUUGCUCUGGCUCGGACUGCAGCCUGGCCGAUGAUAAAUCAAACAAAAGAAAGCAACAGGAGGUUCGAUAUGGAGGUGACCCAAGGUUUGCUUUGCCAUUGAUGUAUAUAGCAAACUUGUAUGAAACUUUGGUGAGUGAUGUCAAUGCGCGUCUUGCUUCAUUGAUUGGGUUCCGUGAGAAAACUAUAGGGCUAGCUCUUGAAGCUUCCGGUGGCUUGUACAGGAAACUGACUCAGAAGUUCCCCAAAAAAGGCACUUGUAGCUUCAAGAGGAGGGAGUUAGCAACUUCUCACGCAACACGGACAAUGUUUCCUGAACUUGUGGUACAUGAAGAAAAACGAGUUCGUUUUGUAGUAAUUAAUGGAUUGGAGAUCAUAGAGAGGCCAAACAAUAUGGGAAUGGAGGAUGCAGAUUGGUUCAAAAGGUUGACUGGUCGAAAUGAAGUCGCGGUUUCUUCAAGAGAUUACAAAUUCUAUUCACCCCGGCACAAGUUCAGACGCUCUGUGCAGCCAGGAUUUGACAUUCCUGAGACAAGUGCUUUGCCAGAGGAUGAGAACUCUCCAUUGGUUUGUUCCUCAGGAUUCCGUCCACCAAACGAGAUACAAAAUCAGCAUCAGUCAACAUCAAAGAGACAUAUUGAACAUCUAGAAAAUCAACCUUAUUUACACCUUUUCCAUCAAGCAGAGGAUGAUACCAUUCAGCAAGUUCAACAUAGUACCCAGUUUCCUCCUAUUCAUCAAUGUACAAGCGCUCCACAUCUAUCAGAUAAUCCCCAACACCAGCAGCAGUCUUAUUUAUCUCCUCACAUAUCUUGCCUGCAAGUUGGACAAGGUCAUCUUGGAGGACGCAUGAAUAUUCUUGCGUUGAUAUUUGACAAGUUACACAACUGAACAAGCAUAUGCCCCAUGACCAUCCAAGCACACAACAGGCAGCUGCAACUCUUACACUGUUUUAUCUUCUUUGGAGGCUGCAGGGUUGCAUUCCCUGCAAAUGUCUGCUGAUUCAACAUCUGUAAGCUGAAGAGUUUAAGUCGUUUAUUCAUCUUACAGUUCAAUUUAACUUGAUAUUCGACCGCUUUCUGUAUAAGAUCUUGUCAGUUUAGCUAACUGUUACUUUUUAGCUCCUUAAUUUCAUUUUCUAGAUGCUUGAUCAAUUAUGCAUCCUCCUUUACAGUUUCCAGUUGGGCGUCAUCAUCCGGCCUCCAUACUAAAAAAAAUUGUGUUGUUUUCCCAUCUCAUUCAUUGCCACGAAGUCCUUUUCUGUUCCUUCUUUUUUUACUUCUAGAAAGUUAGUUUUUUUGGAACUGAAUUCGAAACAAUAUGAUGGUGAUGUUGUCUGGACUCUGGACCAACACAACCUGGCAGGUUUUGUUUGGAUACUCCGCCACGAUGCGGUUUUAAAGUGUUCGUUUGGAUCGUGCAAGAGAAAUAAACAAGUGUACACAGUUGUAUAUAAUGGCUGUCUGUAUUUCUAUUUCGUCUACAAGAAGACGCGGCGUGGCACUUACAUAUAAAGGAAAGGCAAGGCAAAGCAGACAGCAAGGCCUUGAGUGAUGGGCUUCUUUUCUUAAUGCAUAUAUAAUAUAAUCCUUGAUUCUUGCUC